UGCAGUAUGGUCUUACUUAUAUUUCUAUAAGUUGUUAAUCCACAAAGUCUUGUUAUUAUAACACAAAGCUUAGCUACUCCAUCUCCAAUCUAAGAUGGUUUCAGAGGACAAAUUCAGGAAAUAAUCAUUGUAAAUCAAAGGAAAUACUGUAGCGAGAUAUAAAGGGUGUAGUCUUUUUAUCCUUUGUCAUAAAUAUGUUUUUAUUGGGUGAAGUUAAAAACGAAAUUCAGUUAAUUUUAGGCAAACUAUAGUUAGAGAUAAUCCAUUAAUCUCCUAGUGAUUUCACUGCAAUUAAUGACUUGGCCAUCCAAACAUUUUUUACCUUUAUAAAAAAGGCUCUCAACACAUCCUGCCAUACCCUCUAUAUAUCAUUCCAAUUUUGUUUGAGAUGAAGUCAGACGUGAGUCCGUGCUCUCUUGAGUUACCCCCCCCCCCCACCUGGGGGGACUGAUAGCAACAUAUGGAAUGUUGUUGGAGUACCGCGUCGCGUACACCGGGUCACGGGCAACCGUGACUUUGGUGUACGGCGACCCGGUCCCAACCAAGACUAGGAGGACGAGGAAGAAGAGGAGAAACCUGCCAGGAACGGUUCGGGGGGGGCCAACCCCGGUGGCUAAACCACCGGCAGCGGCUCCUUCUGCUUCGCCGUCUCCUGGAGUUUCCACCGGAUUGAAGGAAGGGAAGCCAGUUCCGACCGGCCCAGCUCCCGCUCCGGAGGCGGUCCGAGACGAGGCUAGCAUUACUAGGACUCCGGCUCGUUCCAGCACUUCGCCUCUCCACACUAUGGAUAGCAUUGACGUGUCGCCGAUUUUACCGGUGUCACCAAUGGCUAUCCCGGACCGACAAGGAGCUGUUGGGAAGCGCAAGGCGGAGGUGGCGACCCCUAUAUCAACCUCUAGAACUCCACCGAAACAACCACCGCCACCACCAGAAGGUGCAGAGUCCGGCGAAUCCAUGGACUCCUGGACUCUGCACGGGAAACUGGACCGCCGUUUCUCCAAGUGCGCUGUCGUCGAUGUCCUGGACACCAAGCACCUCUUGGCAGCGCCCCGUUGCCGGAACUUUGAGGAUAUCCCCAACACAGACGGCGAAUACGAGAUGCACCCGGUGACCUUUAAGGAUGGGAGAUCGGCUGUGAGUAUUACUCAUCACCUGGACAACCGCUACAGCCAGGCUCUACUGUUUGCCGAGAUGGACAACAUAUCAAUUCAUCGCCUGAUGAAGAAGGUGUUCCGCAAACAGUAUCCUGUGAUCACUAGACUGCUAGCGAAGCCGGAUAUUCACCAGCUGAUCCCCCAUCUGGACACCAGGGUGUGGCUCUCCUCCCCCUAGUCAACCUCUACCUCCGUAGAAACACCACCGCCACAUUCCAAUGCUGACAAUCGGUCACUGUAUAUUUUUUAUUACUUGAAGGAAGGAAAACAUCACCCAGAUGUAACUGUCGGUCACCAAAGUGGAAUCAGAAAGGCCGUUAAAAAAUAUUCCAUUAAAGGUAUGUUUUUGAUUAUUCCUCAAAUCAUAUUUAUCUAUCAGCUACAAUUCCUAAAUAUAAUUUGUUAGAUCUGCUUGUAGGAUAUCAGUAUCCUGUUAUAAUAUUUUAAAAGCCUGAUGAUAAUAAAAUAACUUAAAUUACUUGUACGUAUAUGCAGAUCUAUAUUUCAUCCAUGCAGGCCAUUUGUCAUGGUGCUGUGCAGGACCAUGACAUAUGGCCCUCUGCUUUAUAAUACUAUAUAUCCAUGUAAUAAGUUUAUAACAUACUUAUAAUAACAAGAAGAAACAUGUAUAAUGUAAUUUGAACUAGACAUGACAUGACAUGGCUUCUUAUUAUAGUAAUAAAAUAACUUAAAUCACUUGUAUGUAUAAGCAGAUCUAUAUUUCAUCCAUGCAGGCCAUUUGUCAUGGUGCUGUGCAGUACCAUGACAUAUGGCCCUCUGCUUUAUAAUACUAUAUAUCCAUGUAAUAAGUUUAUAACAUACUGUAGGUAGGUAGGAACUUUUUAUUAUUUAUU